UAUCGAUGACGUCACAGUGAUGUUUUCGAAGGCUGCGCUUGCAGAGCUGGACGAGGCGACUCGUCAUCGGGUGCUGAAAGUUCGACGCUUUGCAUGCAUCUGGGGUAGCAUGCUCCUGUUGGGAGCUGCAGCUUUUCUCAUCUCCAAGCCAUUCUUGUAUAAACACCAAAGGGAGACACUAGCAGUCAUGCAGAGGCUACAAGACAGCCGAUCAGAUGAUGAAAACUGAAGACAAUGUAGUUACCACAAUAUGUGAUUGUUGCGACUGAUGUUUAUGACAAACUAGAUUCAAUACUUGUAUACAAGACACAUACAAUUGUAACAUAUUUAAAUAUUUAAUUAACCCAAGGGGGCGUGUCUACUUAUACGGGAACUUAAUGCUUGCAAUGUCUGUCAAGACUGUUCCUCUCGCUCCUCCAGCUCUUCGUACGCCAGACACUUGUGACCCGUCCUUUCAGAUUGUUGUCCGAUUGAGUGAACCGCUCUGGAGUGUGCAGAGGACGCCUGGAGAGAUAGCGACUGCUGUCAUGGCGCAGUGUGCGCAACUGGAAGGUAUACUAAGGUCGAAAGAACGCCAACGGGCAAAGACUGAAAUCUCUGCAAGCGCGAGAAUGCAUCAAACAAGCAGAGAUUCGGCAGUAAACGCAAUACUGGAACGAAUGAAGGACUUUCUAAGGCAACUACCAGUGCCAGAAACGGAUGCCUAUGGUUACUUGGAGUAUACAGGCCUUGCAGAGUUAUAUCCACGAGGAUCUGCAGUGGUUGACGCAUUUGACCGCAACGAACAAAACGACGACGAUGAAAUGGAAGGGAUCACGGCAUUGACAGAUGCAUAUUUUCCUCAAGUGGCGAUGCUGCACGAUCUGGUGGUAAUGUGUAACCAACUAGACCAUGACAUUCUCCAUCUCUCAAAUCACAAGUACAUAGCACAUCAGACAGCCCUCCUGUUUCAAUGUGUGAACCAAGCUGGGCAAGUAUUAGCUCAAGAGAAGACAGCGAUUGAGCAGAACUUCAAAGCGAUCAAGUCCGCAUGUGCGGUGCAAGAGGGAAGUACUGCACCACCUCAGCUGCCUUCACACCUGAAACAGUGGCUACUGAAAUUGACAGAGAGCGUUCGGACAAAAGUAACUAGAUUGCCGUUCCCACUUGCAGUACCACUAAAACCAGUCAUCGACUUCAUUUCAGUACACACACAAGAUAGUUGAUGGCAUUAUUGAUGGAAUUAGAAAUUGAUUAAUAUAAUAGAUCAACCUAAGUAAGUAGUGUAAUGAUGGAAACCAUUUACAUUACUUUGUUAGAUUGGGAUUGAGGGUUUGGUGACUUCUUGAGAAACUAUAUCACGAACAGCAUAUGUACACAUAUGUACUACAUGUACAUAUAGCUCACAAAUACAAUAAAUAUGUUUAUAUAUUUCUG